AUGCUUUACCGGAAAAAUGGACGCGCGUGGCGGAUCCUAUUUAUCCUCUGUCAUAUUCCCGCCAACGCCCAGUAUAAUUACGGUGGCAGUUACAGCAGCUCCCCCUACGUCAACAUCAACUAUGGAUCGAACAACAACUUUUGCAGCAACAUCGCCAACAACAACGUCAACAUCCAGAACACCAAUACGAUUACCAACACGAUCACUAACAACAUGAUGAGCGUGAUUAUCGUGACCAACAACGUCAAUAACAACAACAACGUCAACAUCAACAACAACAUCUACGGGCCGUUGUGUACGUUCAACGCCACGGUGUUGUAUUAUCCGCAGUACUACUAUGGAUAUGGGAAUAAUUACGGGUAUAAUUAUCCGCCGUAUCAGCCGCAGUACAACUCCGCACCGCAGAUUCUGUACUAUAAUGGACAGCCUAAUGUGGGAUACUCACAGCCGAAUUAUGGGAGUGGAUAUCGUCUGCAGCCGUUUAAUUACAUUCUUGAUUCUGUUGCCGAUCACUCUAGUAAAAUGUGGGCAAAGAUAGCCAUUAUAAUCGCCCCCCUGCUGCUUGUUUUCCUGGGAACCGUUGCGUCGCAAGGUUAUAAUAAUUAUGGAUAUGCCGGGUCCACGUACAUCAACUAUGGUUCCUACAAUAAUUACUGCAACAACAUCAGCAACAACAACGUCGGGAUUACCAACACGAACACCAUCACCAAUAUGAUCGAGAACAACAUGGGAACGAUGAUUAUGAAUACGAACAACAUCAACAACAACAAUAAUGUCAACAUUAAUACGUACAUUUAUGGACCGCUGUGUACGUUCUACGCUAACGUUGUAUAUCCACCGGCGCAGCAACCGUACUACCCGCCGCCGCCACCACCCUCCAUUACGUAUGUGAUAUAUGACGAUCCGCCCAAGAAUUACGACAGUCAGUCAUUGUAUUCCAAUUCGGGCGGGGAUGGGUACGGAUAUUAUAUGCCACCGUACAAAAAAUGA